AAUUAUGGCACCAAAGAAAAAGGCAUAAAAAAAAGAAACUUAACCAAGUAUCAUUUUAUCAUUAUUCUAUAAGCCAAAAAAUAACCAGCCAAAAUAGAGAAAGUUCAACCUGCUCCUAUACCUCCUAGUGUGGUCUAAAAUAAACCGAAGAACAUUAAACCGGACUUCUAUUUUGUGAUUCCUCAAGAUGAAGAAGAGCAUUAUAGAAGGGAAGUGUACCAAAGAAGAGAAAACAGGAAUAAAAGUUGCAUAGAUAUGAAUGAAAUUAGACAGUACAAUUAUAAUUAAAAGGAGGGAUAAUUUCGCGCCUCAAGAGAUUCCUGUUAUUAAUAAGGUAUCUUAAAAAAUUGUGAUUGAGUAAGAAUGUACCAAUGAUUCCUCCCAGUUAUUUACACUAAAUCAGUCGGAGUUGCCUACUUGUGCCUCAAGACAAUUAAAUAAACCUAAGAUAUUAUCCAUCAAACCAAAGAAAUUAACUAUGACUGUUAAACCUCAAGAUGAUGCCAUGGACAUGGAAGAUGAUUGGUAUGAAGAACUUAACAAGGAUAUCAAUCAUACAAAGCAUUUCCUACUAGGAGUUCCAAAAUAAUAAUCAUCUCACAAUGAGAAAUCAUUGACAACAGAAAGGAAUUCCAUUACAAAAAACACCAAGAAAAUGGAUCUUGAUUUACAGAUUGAACCUACUCAAACUUAAACAACUAUUAAAUUGACUAAGGCCAUGAAAACAAAAUUAGAUUCCAUGAAUGAAUGCUACAACUCACUACUAGAAGCCACAAUUCCAGAAGAAAUCUUAUGUAGAGAUUAAGAAAAGGACUUGAUCACUAAAUUUAUCGAAGAUGGAAUCAAGAACAAUGGCUAAUCUUAAGCCUUAUGUAAUAUUCAUAGUUAUUAAUCUUAGAUAUAUCUGGAGUCCCAGGAAUUGGUAAGACUGCAACUGUUAUGGAAGCUUAAAAGAAGUUAUCAACCAAAAAAGAUAACUUCUAAUUUAUCUAUGCCAAUGCAAUGAAUUUUGGAUUGCCAGACAACAUUUACUCUUAUUUAUUAGAAAAAAUCACUACUAUAAAGGAUGCUUCUAAAGCCUAAGCCUGCAUUCUACUAAGUAUUAUAUGCUUAUUAUACAAUUAGCUGAACUAUUCACCAAGGGUUCUUUACCUGCUACAUACAAAGCUUAUGAAAAAUUAGUCAUCAAAAAGAAUAGGGUUAUUCUAUUAGAUGAAUGUGAUAAUCUUUUUACUCCUGAUUAAUAAGUAUUAUAUAAUUUAGUGGAUUGGCCAUAACAAAAGCAUGCAAAGCUUACCAUAAUUAUGAUUGCCAAUACUAUGGAUUUCCCAGAGAGACUCAAACCAAAGUUAUAAUCAAGACUUGGAAAUCAUAGAGUAGUGUUUAGACCAUACACCAGUGCUCAAAUAGAAACCAUAUUACAAUAAAGAAUGAAGGAUAAAAAAAUCAAAGAAUUGUUUGCCUCCAACACUCUUAAUUAUCUUGGUAAAAAGAUAGCAACAAUUUCAACUGACAUCAGAAAGACAUUGUGCGUUUGCAGAAAGGCUAUAGAAAUUGGAAGGGAAGAACUUCAGAGAACUGGAUAAUUCAAACAAAUUGAAGUCAAUCAUGUCAAAUUAGCUUAUGAUAGAAUUUAUAACAAAGCCUAUCAUGCAUGCUUAAAUUCCUUCAGUAAAUCUCUGAAGUUGUUGUUAAUUACUACUGCUUUGGAAAUACAUAUCAAAGGGUACAACGUAGCUUAUCUUCAAUAAGUCCUUCAGAGAUAUAAUUAAUAUUUAAUAUAAAACAAAGAUGAUCCUAUUGGUUAUUAAGAAAUAAAAUAGAUACUCAUGAAAUUGAGUGAAUUAAAUUUAGUUGAAAUGAAAGAAUAAAACAUUCUGUUGACAAAAACUUCUUGGUAAUAGAAAGUGAAUGUAAAAAACAAAUAUAUUUUAUUAGGAUUCACUUUAAAAGGAUAAUUUGAGAAAUAUUAAUGAUGUAAUAAUUCAUCUGAAAAUCAACGUUGACGAUAUCAAGAAUGGCCUCUCAAAUGACACAUUAUUUUAAUAGUUUUCUUUGUUUUUCUGA